UAAAAAAGGAUGCAUUUCUUUGAUGGUAACUUUCGAGGGAUUUGGUUGCUGAUCGAGAUUCUGGAGGGAAAGAGAGGAUCAAAGGAAUUCGCCAAAUCCAAUGGCAAGUAUUCUUCCCAGGGGAGGAGGGGCCUCGAGGAGAGAAAAACCUAAAGGUCGUUAUCCUGGUCUGAGCCAUAAUCAUGGUCUGUCUAAGGAGAAGUAUCAAGAGAUAUAUGAAGCUUUCCAGUUAUUUGAUACAGAUGGUUCUGGCACUAUUGAUGCCAAGGAAUUGCAUGUUGCUAUGAGGGCUUUGGGUUUUGAAAUGACAGAAGAGCAAAUUAAAGAAAUGAUUGCUGAUGUAGACAAAGAUGGUAGCGGUGCCAUCGAUUUUAAUGAAUUUCUGCACAUGAUGACAGCCAAGAUGGGAGAAAGGGACACUAAGGAAGAACUUAUGAAAGCUUUUCGUAUUAUUGAUCAAGAUAAAAAUGGAAGGAUAUCUCCAGAUGACAUAAUGCGCAUUGCCAAAGAACUAGGUGAAAGUUUCACUGCUCAGGAGAUCAAGGAGAUGAUAGAUGCAGCAGAUCGUAACCGUGAUGGCGAAGUAGAUGUGGAUGAGUUCUUUAAUGUGAUGAUGAAAACAAGUUACGGUGAUUAUUAGAUCUCUGAAUCCAUCCUGUUGAAAAAUUGGCCCAGAUCAUGCAGAAGCAAAAACUCAAACCUCAUUUUAAGUGCUUAUAGGAACAUAUUAAUGCUUCCUCAUAUCUAAUAUGUUGUGGCAGCUUUCUUAGCUUCACACUCUUGUAUGUUUAUCCAGCUCAUUUAGGCCUCCUCCUAUGUUAACCUUACAUGUGGUUAUAUUUUCAUUUUGUUUUAUUUGUUUCA